UUCAAACGGAAUUUGCUUUAGGUGCAUUAAUUGUUGUAUUUACUAACAUUCAACUGAUUUGGAAUCGACAUCGUUUAGUUAAAAUGCGUAAUCAAUUUAGCGACUUCGGGAAAUCUGGCGUUCCAAAAAGAAUUGAAGUUCUCGACAAAAAUAUAAAAACUAUAUUAAAAAUAGGUCGUCACAUAGCACUUUUAUAUGCAUAUUUUAACACAUACUCUAUUUUGCUUGACGAUAAGUGUGCUCAGUUUAAGAAUUCCAAAUAUUGCUUUCUAGCUGAUUAUUACGUUCCUCUGUCGAAACGUUGGUAUAUAAUGUUGAUACUGUUGUUACAAUUAUAUUCCAUGACAAUCACAGUAUAUGUUACGACCGGUACACUAAUAGUUAUGUACUAUUCGUUGGAAUUAUUAAUUGUUCGUAUUGAAAUCCUUAAGGAGGUGAUUGGCAAUAUAACUUUAACAAGGAAUAAAAAACGAAAUUUUAAAAAAUUACAGCCUGUUGUUGUAUAUCAUCAAGAGAUAUUCAGGAUGUUUCAAUUCAUUAGUGAUUUCACAACUAGAUUUCUUGUUUCAACAAAGAUAUAUGGUAUUAUUUCUUUAACUAUGGCUACUACUCACUUUACUCUGAAAAACGAUCUAACCUCUCUUUCCGUUAUCAUAUUGAACUUGUUUGGGUUAUUUCUUUAUCACACAUUUGGACAACGAUUUACUGCUGCGGCAGGAAGUGUGGCUGAUGCUGUUUAUAACAUGAAUUGGUUCGAUGCUGAUGUAUCAACACGAAAAGAUGUUUUGAUUUUGCUUUGCUUAAGUCAAAAGGAGCUGAAAACAGAGCUACCGUUGUUUGGGGAUUUAUCACAUGCAGCGGCAAUGAAUGAAUACAAGAAAUCUUAUGUAUUCUUUAAUUGGGUAUUACAAGUUACUAAGCAAAGAAACAUUUGAAAUAUGCUUUAAGUUUUGAAGUAUAUUUCUUUAAUUGGAUUUUUAAAGUUAAGAAACAAAGAAACG